AUGUAUUCAGGAUGGGUUCAUGAAUAACUAUAUACAGAUCCUAAUGAUUUUCAUAAAGUUGGCAAAAACAUUUAAUUUGAAUUUAUAGCUUCUUUAUAUUGGGUAUUUACUACUUUAACAACCUUAGGAUACGGAGAUUUUUACGGAUAAACAGUAAAUGAGUAUAUAUUUACAAUGUUUGUUGAGUUUAUAGGUGUUUUUGUAUUUGCUUAUAUGAUGGGAAAUAUAAAUAAUUUAAUUGAAAAGUUAAAUGAUGAUCAUGUAGAGUAUAUUCAAAAUGAAAAUGAAAAUCUAGAUUAAUGGAUAAUUAAAAUUGAUCGCGCAAAUCCUACAAGAAAGUUACCUUAAACUUUUAUUGAUGAUUUGAGAAAAAGAUUCACUAUUUAUUGGCAAAAAGAUCACACUACAGUGGUUUAAGAAUAUCCUUUUUUUAAUUAAUUACCAGUUGAUUUAAGAGAAUAGGUAACAGUGGCUUCAAAUGAUGGUGUAUUAAAAUAUUUAACUUUAGGUUCGUCUCCUAAUACAUCUAGUUAAUUUAAUGCCAUUGAAGAAUAGUAAAAAAAUGAAAUUAUUAAACUUGCAAAAGAUUUAAAUGAUAAAAUUGAACACUUAAAAAGUGCCCUUUCUUAAUUAGAUAAUGAAGUUAAAGUUAAAGUUUAAAAUAUAAAAACUGAACUAGAAUUUAUUGCUAGGUAUGAGGAGGUCAUACAUGGUUAUGAUGAAGAUAAUUAAUGA